AUGGUGUCUAAAAGACAUCUUCGGCGUUUGGUUAAUAUGGAAGUGGAAAAAGAAUUAGCAAAAUCCAGAAGUUCAUUUUGUACCCGAAAAAUAGCACCAGAUGAUUCUUGUGGUGAACCAAUCAGUGAAGAACUGGAUGGCCUGUGCAAUCACAUUGAGAAUAAAACAUAUUUAGAUACAAGAAUCGAGGAAUCUACCACUGCAACUACUGCAACUAGUUAUCCCUGUAUUUAUCCCAACUAUUAUCUUUUGCCUGAGAGUGAGAGUAUUCAAGAAAACCAAAAUGAUGCUGAUACUGAAUUUGUGAAAUCUGUACGGGGCUGGUUUUUGAAGUACCGUGAACUUCUAAGCCAAAGUGCAAUGAACGAACUGCUUUUAAUUUUAAAACCCAAAUGUAAAACUUUACCUAGUGAUAGCAGAACAUUUUUAAGUACUCCACAAUCUUGUCAGUUUCCAAUAUCUGUUGUGUCCCCAGGAAAAUAUUGUCAUUUUGGAUUAAAAUAUAUGUUACAGAAUAUAUUAAAUACCAAAAAUCUGCUAGAGUUUUGCGAAGACGGAAAAACCCUUUCCUUAUCGCUCAGCAUUAAUAUUGACGGUUUACCACUGUCAAGGAGUUCAACAAGUCAGUUUUGGCCAAUUUUGAUAAGCAUUGAUAAUGAAAAUUUAGAAUGUCCCAAUCCAUUUCCAAUAGGAGUUUAUCAUGGUUUUAAAAAACCAGAGUCAGCUUUGAAGUACCUGCAGGAGUUUCAGAUCGAAUUCAAACAACUAGAAAACGGCUUUCGCUUCAAAAACAUCGAAGUGAAAGUACAAAUUUCAAAAAUAAUAUGUGACGCACCAGCGAAGUCCUUUAUUUUAUGUGUGAAGGGUCAUACUGGUUAUUUUAGUUGUACAAAGUGUGUGCAAGAAGGUGAAUAUAUAAAUGGCAGAGUGACUUUUCCGGAUCUAUCAGCUGUCUUGCGUACAGAUGACGACUUUAAAAAUAAAACUUGUGAAGACUAUCACAGAGGAAAUAGUCCUUUUGAUGAACUAUCUGUGGGUUUAGUGUCUCAGGUGCCACUGGACUACAUGCACUUAGUAUGCCUAGGCGUUAUGAAACGUCUGAUUAUUUUUUGGGUUAAGGGAAAUAAAAGUGUCAGAUUACCUGAACUAAAACUUAAAACUGUUGACGAAAAUUUAAUCACUUUAAAAUCAAGUAUUCCAAAGGAGUUUUGUAGGUUGCCAAGAGGUUUGCAAGAAGUUGAUCAUUUUAAAGCAACCGAAUUCAGGCAAAUUUUACUAUAUACAGGACCAUUUGUUUUAAAAAAUAAUUUAUCUAAAAUUCAAUACUCACAUUUUAUGUGUUUGCAUGUUGCUAUCAGAAUUUUGUGUAGUGCAAAUUUGUAUAUUACAUAUAAUAAUUAUGCAUCUCAACUAUUGAAAUAUUUUAUUGAAAAAUUUGCAGUAAUUUAUGGUGCUGAGUAUGUAUCCCAUAAUGUGCAUGGACUUUUACAUCUACCUUCGGACUGCAUUAAACAUGGAGUCCUUGAUAAUUUUAGUUCAUUUCGAUUUGAAAACUAUUUAUAUAUCUUGAAAAAAAUUAUGAAAACAUCUAAGCAUCCCCUGCAGCAACUGUGCAAUCGCUUGAAAGAAAAAGAAUUAAAUUUAAUACCAUUCAGUAAAAGAUCAAAUAAGCCCAUUAUACUUCACCAAGAAAUUGCAAUGUAUUUGCCAGGCUAUCCAAAUUGCACUAUUUUUAAAAGAUUGCAAAUUGGAAAUUUUGAGCUUAGUUUGCAUCCAAAAAAUAAUUGCGUUUUGUUGCAUAAUGAAACUUUCGUAUUUAUAGAUAAAAUCUACACAGAUAAUUCAACAAAUGAAAUAUUUGUUUCAGGAACAAAUGCACAAAAUGUUAAUUCAUACUAUGAAAGUCCAUGCUCCUCCACAAUUUUUAAUAUAAGCAUAGUAACAAACAUCUCAAAGAAACGUCAAAAUUAUAAAAUAUGUGAGAUCAAAGGAAAAUGUUUUCAUUUCCAAACUGUGGAUGGUAUUGAAUGGUCUAUUGUUAAAUUUCUUUGUGAUGACAAAAUAUCACAUGUUCCAUCAACAUGGCUGUCCAUCCACAAUCUGAAGGAAAGCAACAUUGCUCUUUGCUUCUGGCCUAGAAAAAAUGCAGGCAAAAAAAUUAUUGGUCGAUCGAUUCCUGAUUCUGAAAGUUGGGACAAACUGGAAGUGGUUAUUCUAAAACAAACUGAUUCAUAUUCAGAAGCAAGAGAAUACAUAAGACUAAUGUCUGAAGGAGAAAGUGCACCAGAAACAAAUAAGCCCUUGGGAAAGGGCCAUAGGAAAGCCAAAAAACGUCCUUUUUUAUUUAAUGACUCUGAUGAUAGUGAGAGUGAUGUAACAGGGGUAAUUACACCGCCUCCAACUAUAGAGUCCCCAAAAAUUAGAAAAGUGAAUAAUUCUGAACCAAACAAUAACAGUACCAAUAAGAAAAUAGAGUCGUUCUCCUCUCAAAAAGCAAAUAAAUCAUUUGAUUCCCAAACAAGUACAACAAUCAUUCGCACAGUUUCAACUGAAAUGGCAUCAAAUGUUAUUACUUCAUUAACCUCAGUGAGUGCCAUCAACAAGGAAAACAAUAAUAAUCAUAGCUUGGUUCCAUCAGCUGCCCCGUCACAUUGUAGUUGCAACUGCCAAGAAUCUCCAUUAAUUAAAUCAAUUUUAAGCAAUACUGUUGCAAUUAGAACAAUGUUGGAGAGGCUAACUUCAGAUGAAACAAUGAGAAAAAAUGAUGACAUAAUUACCGAUUUUGACUUGGUACCUAAGAAACCAUUCUCAAAGUUCAAAAAGUUGAAAGAGUUUGAUGAAAAACUAAAGACUGACAAAAGUGUAGAACGCCAGAAUGAAACUGCCCUGUUCUUGCUUGGAGGGUCAAGUUACAAAGAAUUAAUAAGAAGAGGCCUAAAAAAAAUAUUCACGGACAAAUUGGCUACAAAAUGUAGCUGGACAGGCCGUAAAAAUAAUUUUCCUCUUCAUAAUUUGAAAAUACUGGAUGUUCUUAAAAUAGCUACAAGAAAAAAAUUUGGUAGUACUACGGAUGCCGAAUUUCAAGCAGAAGUGGGUUUGUGGUUCAGGCAAGGAAAGCUGAGAUUUGAAAGAUCGCUAGCAGCAGUAAACAAAGAAAACCAAAACCGGGUACACCGGGGUAAGUGGAAAUAUGGGGCAAGUGGAACCCAGGCCUAUUCCGUGGAAGAUAUUUAUUGUAAAGUGGCUCCCUCAGUGGCAUACCGACCUAUUUUAUUUAUGUUCCUUUAUAGCUCUAUGGUUUCUUAUGCCGGCAGCCACAGUUUGGAAUAUUACAUGGUGCGUAACUAUGUUCGGAAAAAGCCGCCACCUAAAUACUCCAAAGAGACCCUAAAAGUAGCCAUAGAAGAAGUACAAAAUCAAAUAAAUGACGGUGUAUAA